AUAGAAAAAGAUAAAAAUGUAUAUAAUAAGAAAGAAACAUUUGCUUAUGAAAUAUUUCGUUUUUCGGACGCUGUCAGCGUGCAUGCAACAGACGUAAAAUACAAGACAAGGAACGUGUAACAUGUUCGCCGGUGCGAACGAGUCGAAACGAUGGCUCAGGGAUAAUAGGAUACUCUUGAGAGCUGCCAAGGAUUUAGAAGAACGUCGUAGCCAUUAUGAACCAUCACUCGGACCUGGUAUACCAGAUGAUGUCGAUCAUCACUUUAAUCUUGAAGAAAAUGAUUUUGUCCCACACUUUCAAAGGGUAUCCAUAUCCGGUGAAGAUACUUCCGGGGUACCUUUGGAAGAUUUACAGCAAGCGUCCCAGAUGUUGGUUCAAGCAUUGGCAAUACGUGAAAAAUACAUGAAUAAUUCUAAACAGAGUUUUCCUUCUAUAACAUCACGGUUUUUACGCAGCAUCGAUAAAAGACCAGUAAGCAGUGACGAUGAAGUUCAACAUGAUGAUCGUAAAGCUAUCGCUGAUCAUCCUGUACAUGCACCUGCAUCUCGAGGAGAUCCAUGGAAAUGUGAAUUUCCUCCAGCAAAAAAUUAUAUAAUUGCUCCAGUCAAUGGUGUUUUUAAUGUAUAUGCAAAUGAAGAAGAUUUCGUCGAUGGAAAGCCAAUUCUUUAUUCAUAUCCUGAUUUAGCAACUUUUGUCAGAGAUAUGAAUCUUCUUUGUACAAUGAUCGCCGAUGGUCCAUUAAAAUCCUUUUGCUAUAGAAGACUGAGUUAUCUUUCAUCAAAAUACCAACUGCAUGUGUUAUUGAAUGAGCUUAGAGAACUUGCCAGUCAAAAAGCAGUUCCUCAUAGAGAUUUCUAUAAUAUCAGAAAAGUUGAUACACAUAUUCAUGCAGCAUCUUGUAUGAAUCAAAAACAUCUGCUUAGAUUUAUUAAAAAAACCUUAAAGAAUCAUGCAGACGAAAUUGUAACAUGUUCUAAAAAUAAAGAAACAAUGACCCUUCGAGAAGUAUUUCAAUCAAUGAAUUUAACGACUUACGAUCUUAGUGUUGAUAUGUUGGAUGUACAUGCAGAUAGAAAUACAUUUCAUAGAUUUGAUAAAUUCAAUGCUAAAUAUAAUCCUAUCGGUGAAAGUCGUCUCCGUGAAGUAUUUCUUAAAACGGAUAAUUAUUUAAAUGGUAAAUUUUUCGCAAGUAUAAUUAAAGAAGUUGCCAGUGAUCUCGAAGAAUCGAAAUAUCAAAAUGCGGAAUUACGUCUUUCGAUUUACGGUAAAAGUCCGGAAGAAUGGGACAAAUUAGCAAAAUGGGCAAUUCAAAGCGAUGUGUAUUCGGAUAAUGUACGCUGGCUUAUUCAAAUUCCACGACUUUAUGAUAUUUUUAAAUUGAACAAAUUGAUGACAAACUUCCAAGAGAUAUUGAACAAUAUCUUUCUUCCUCUUUUUGAAGUGACAAAUGAUCCUAAUUCUCAUCCAGAAUUACAUAAAUUCCUUCAAUAUGUAAUAGGAUUUGAUUCCGUUGAUGACGAAAGUAAACCCGAAAAUCCUUUAUUUGACAAAGACGUUUGUCCACCUGCAGAAUGGGAUGAUGUUGAAAAUCCUCCUUACGGAUAUUAUCAAUACUAUACUUAUGCAAAUAUGACUGUUCUAAAUCAUUUCAGAGCGUAAAUAUAUCUUUACGAUUAUUAUCGAU